AUGGUGGCCAACAGUGCCGCAGGUGCAGAGGCCCUUCGUAAACAUCCCGCGUGGUUGAGAGCUUUUGGACCUGGCUCGGUGAUCCAGGAGCCAUCAUGGGGAGUCGUGGUGUAUCAUAUCCCCGUGAAGUCGAUGAAGCUUACUCCGGAGACGAUGGCCGAUGCAGAACAACUGGGAGAAGGCUCUAAGAUCCAGUAUCUCGGAUGGCUGACGCGUCCGGUUGAGAGGGCGGAGGGCUCGAUUCUGAUCGAGUUCACUACCCCAGUCGUGGCUAAUCGCGCUAUCAUCACUGGAGUCGUAUGGGGGAAGCAAAUUCAUAAUGCAUCACGAUUCUGCCGAGAGGGGCGGAUGAAGCUAUGCAGGAAAUACCAAAAGCCGGGGGAUAUCCAGUCACACUGUUCCAACGUUUUCAAAUACGGCCACUGCGCCGGCGGACACCCGACCUGGGAGUGUCCGUCGUUGAAGGGGCAGGCGAUACCAGUCAAGUGUGCCUACUGUGGCGAAGGACACCGUCCUACAAACUGA